UAAAGCUAUAAUCUUCCCUUUUACCUGAUAUAUGAGAAAUUUAAGUAAGUAACGGCGUGACUGACUUUUAUGACUUUUUUUUUGUGAAGAAAAAGUUAGGCUGUAUUCCGACAUUAUUAUGACUUUUGAUUAAUAAAUACAAAACAACGGAAAACAUGUGUUAAAAUACAAAAAAAUAUAUAAUUUUAUGUGAAAGUAACUUUGCAUUUUAUGAUCUACAGUAUUUUGUAAUUGAAUAAAUCACUAUGAGCAUUUUCUCAUUAUGUCUGGUGUAUUUCGUGAGAAGACUCUUUUCAACUAGAAUAUUUUGGAUUUUAUGUGCUUUACUCUAUGCGUGAGUUUUGGAGCAAAAAGCUAAAUUGAAGCGAAUUUGGGACGAAGAAAUUUCUUCCACCGAAUAUCCUAAAGCUAAAGUUGUGUCCAUGAUUUGUUCCAAGUGGGUUUCAAAGUUGAGCGGUCGGGUUGAAUAGUGUGCUGAGUGGAAGGCUCUUUCGCACACAACCAACAUGUGCAGAAGUACCACUUUUUGGUAGGGUUAUGUGAAAAAUUUCACUAACUCCGUAUAUGCGGCGUUUCUCAUCACGAACCGCAUACUCAAGGCAUCACCGAGUUAUUUCGCAUUUGGCAGCACGCGGGCUAAACAGCACAUUCCGCUGCUUCGAAAUACCAAACCUUUCCUCCGAGACCCGCUGGUGUGGGUCUCACAGUGUAUUGUAACGUGCGAAACACACACUCACCACCUUCGGCGAUCGCGUAGUUAAAGUAUGAGUUUUCCACAAUCCACCCCAGGGCAAUGAUCCUAUUUCGGAUCGACGCACCGGUAGCGGUAGACAUAAGCGAAAAGUUUGUCCAUGCGAAAAGGUGUUUUGGGCGUCCGAACAGGAAUUAAGUCCUUCAAAUCCCUUUAUCGGGGGAGGGAAGGGAUCACCCUUUUUGCGUUCUUGAGUUCCCAAAAUGCGUUAGCUGUGUAGGGAACCAUGGGAUGGAAUGCAUCCGCUGUGUAGUUACGUAAAGGCGAUGGUUACAUUUUCCGCAGUAUACUGUUUUCAAGCUGAAUUAAGCAAAGGAUUGAAAUAGUGUCCAUUUUUGAAAUUUCUGGAACAUUUUCUCAGCAAUACAAAAUUUUUACUUAUCAUCACUUUAAGCGUUGUUGAUAGGUGAAAAGAAAAAAUGAAGUAUCGUUUGAUUGUAAAUUUAUCUGUUCAGUUUGUUGACAUCGUUUAUACCAUCUCCGUACAUAAUUUGUUGGUCUGUCUUCCUGUGCUUGUGUUAGGAAAAAUGAUGAACAACCCAGUAAUGACUUCAUCAAUCGACCAAACAGAAGAAACAAUCUUCCCUAGCUUUGUUCGCUCGCUUGUCGCCGUUCAAUCCAGUCGUUGAUUGCUACGGCGAUCAUAAUCGUUAUGUCUGUCACUUGGAAAUCAUAAAACUGUCUCACAGCACAUCGUUAGAACUACCAUCCGUUUCGGGAUAGAACUGUUCCGGAGCGAAGAUAUACGAUAGAUAGAGAAAGAGAGAGAGAGAGAAAAAUCUACACAUUUGUAUUAAUUACGAUUCGUUUAUAUUCUCCAUCCAUUCACAACACUCAUCAAUCUAUUCGCACUCGAUUCACGCACAGCUUCCAUGCGCUGAACCGGGAAAAAUACAUAACUAUCAUCGAAUACACAUUUUUCGCGCUCGCACCCUAAAAUUAGCAUAAAACAAAAAUCAGAUUAAGAGAGAGAGAGAGUGAGCAAGAGAGUGUUGAAAUGGAUUUCAGCCACCAUGGCAGAUUGGAUUACGAUCAAGUGUAAAACGAGUAGUAAAGUUGAAAUGGAAUAAUUAUGUAAAUUAUAUUAUCGUACGUGUGAUAUGUAAACGUCAGUGCAAAAAAACGUUACAAAUGUUAAUAAAAAGAUGAUAAUAUUUGAAAACAAUAUUUUUAAAAGUUUAACAAGUUUACAUGCAAACUGAAGCAUACGAAAAGCUGUAGUUAAGGAAAGUUAAGACGUUAGGAGAAUUUCGAAAAAAUAUUUGAUAGUUAAAGAGUAACACAUUUUUUAACGUUCAAAUCACGGAAAUAGUAUUGAAUGACAUUCAGUUCAAAAUCACUAUGCAAACUGCACUUUUUUCGAACUUUCCUUACUUCACUGGGCAGCACCCCCGUCUAUAAUUAGCGCAUAAAAAUGUAGCACGAACCUAUUAAAUUUUAAUUACCCCUAUAAAGUGUAUCGCGAUCUUCAUCUUUCAUCUUUUUUCGGAUAAUUUUGCGCGGCCAGCCAUCGGUAUGUACUCGCUCGCAAAACCCAUCUGCAUACACAUAUUAGAAGUUCAUCUUCUCCGGGGAGGGAAGGUUUCUGUUUUCGUAGCGACACACCGCCGUGCCUCCGUUUGACAGCGAUAUUUUUGCUAGCAUAGUCGAUGGGUCUUAAUGAAUGCAAAUCAUAUGCAGUAGCCGUGAAUAAAUGCAUGUCAAGCAUGGAGGAUGACCACACAGGAAAACCGACAACUGAAACCGUCCGGCUAAAGUGCUUAGUUCGUAUGCGAACGUGCAGAUUUUGGCCUUUGUGUCCACUAAUAACGUUUGAAUACAAUCGUGUUAACGGCAAAACACCGAUUAACACGCUUACCGUGUCACAUUCAUGGUGUGCCGUUUCUGGCAGUGAAAAUGCACUUUUAAAGACUGGUUACGUUGGUAUCACAAGGAGGAUCACCAUCUCAGUGUCAAGGUUAUGCGUAGCUGUAAUUAUGUGAUUGGGCGUUACGCAAGCAGCUGUCGGAACUGGUUUAUGAGAGUUAAACUUCACUCGACGGAUGAACGCACAGCGCAUAACUUUCACCUGGUACAGGACAUUAUAUGUACUUGUUUGGGCAAGUAUAGCCCGGGCAAGCAUAUGCUGCGGUACUUCGGAAUUUUGAUGCAUCAUUGCGUUGCUCACUUGAUCGGCGAUGAUCGUUUGAAAAUCAAUCAAUUAAUCAAUUACCUGUGUUUGAUUAAAUGUUGCUACAUCAGUUGAUAAAUUAAACUCCAAUCUAAUAGGCCCGUACCCGGAGGAUGCGAUAAGAUAGGAUGUAUGCUUUACAUUUCCUGACCACCUGCCAACCCCUACACUGUACUACACUGAUACGAACGCAAGGUUUGAGCUAAUCUUUUUUCACGAGGCCGUUCCUUAUCCACGGUAGCAGGUUCCGAAUUACACACAAUAAUGAAAUAUGAUAAAUAUGGUGGCAGAACGUACGUAAUGUUGCACACACACGUAAUGUUUUGAGCGUAAACAUUUUCCGCUGGAUGGGCUUAUCGUCGAAAAUGUGAGGCGGAUUUUAUAAUCUUGACCUCUCCGGUAUGACGAUGGUGCUAUAAAACAGAAAAAGUUUUGAAUGGUAAGCAGAAACUUAAUCGUAAGAUAACGGAUCUUAUUUAAACGCAAUCCAACGAAUCAAUAAAUUGAUUAACGCAAGCUAACCAAAGCAGUAGUUUCGCGGAGAGUGCGUGCGACUGACAUACUGAUCGGUGGAAACCUUAAGAAUUGUUCAAAAUGAAGAGUUUGUUCGUUUGUUUGCUGUUGGCCCUGGCUGGUCAGUCUCUAGCUCAGAGCGAGAAUGAGUUCUUGGAAUACCUGCUGGAGAUACAGAGCCAAGCGGAAGCGGUUCAUGAGAUGAUGGAAGAUACGUUCGAUAAUAUUCGCUUCUCGAUGAGUGACCAGCUGGUCGAACUGAACCGUCAGCUGAUCGCCCGCAUGAACGAAGCUCUCGAGGAGGUCGAACAGAUCCGCGAGGAUACGGAAGAAUUCGUUGGGGAGUCAUCGGCCCCUGCCGCCUGCGUUAAUGUAGCCGUCGCCAACUGGGAAAAUGAGAUCGAAUUGGUCGGAGAAGCUUUUUCGCGUUGCGCCAGUCAAGCCAACAUUCAGAUUACGUCGCGUACUGCUGACGUCCAUGCUGCUCUGGAAGCCGCUCAGAUUGCGUCGACCGAGUUGCAGAACAUCGUGGUCCGUGGAUUCAUUGACUGGAAUGCGAUCGAUAGCGAUGAGCAGCUAUCGGUAAUUGUUGGAGAUCAAAUUGAAAACCGAGAGGACUACUUCGUCAGAAUUACCCGGCCAAAUUUGGAGCGCGUUCUGGAGGGAAUCGACGAUCUGGAUGAAAAUCUGCUGCCUGAGAUCGUGACCUGUGUCAACCGCGGUGUUGAGCGAUUCAACAACUACGGUCGUGUCGUCCGUGAUACGCUGUUCUUCUGUGGCCAGUAAGUGGAAGCUACUCAUAGCUUGUCGCUAAUUUUGUGCGCAAUACAAAUCCAGCAAAACAAAGGCUUAACGGUACAACAUUAGAUUUCAUGUCGUUAUUCAAGUGUGUUAUAAUAGUAAUAUCACCUAAACCGUAGCUAGCUGUUUCGAAAUACAUCGGAAGAGGAUUUGUGCAAAUUGUAAUUUUUAUCUGCUUGUCUUCGUAUCUAGUGGCUAGCGUAGAGACUAGAACAACCACGAAGGUCUUGAUGUGUCUUUUCUGGC